UUCAACUCUUCAUAUGAAACGAGGAUUACGAUUUGUAAAACUGUUCGAAUUUGAUUUGCUAAGCAUGGAAUCAAUAAAUGUCCAAGUUUCCAUCGAUAUCAAACAAGUUUCUGAUAAAUAUAGUGACAAGGUUAAAGCCCGUCUCGAAUGUGUGCCAAAGUUAGACUUUGAGUUACCCUUCUUCCUUCCAAAAGUUUAUAGGAAAAAUUUCCAGGACUUGUCAAACGAAGAACAAGACGUUCUCCUAACGCAGACGGAGUCUGUAAUCAAAAAAGUCUCGGCCUGGCUGGAAAAUCAAUUCCCCGUCGUCAUGAAGAAAGGAACUGCUUCAAAAAUCACGUCGCAUUCCGUCUCUUACGUCAAAUAUUGCUGUCCUCAAAUCUCACCGGAUUCAGAUCAAUUUUACCCCUUGGUUAGGGCAAUAUCCGUCGCCCUCCUAAUCGACUUCUUUGUUGAUGACACCCAACUAUUUUAUGACUACGAUUUUAAUGAUUUAAGAGACGGUUUCGAAGUCUUCAAGUCCUUAAUGGAUGACGUAUAUGAAAGAGAUCUCGAUUACAUGGACGAGGAAGUUCAUCAAAAAAUCUUCAAAAUGAAAGAAAUUCAUGGCAACAAAUUUGCCGCAAUGCUUGUCGGUGCAGCUUUUGAGCUAACAAACGACUCCGCCUGUAUUUUUGGAGCUCGAGGAAAUUCUCGAAAGCAAGCGUUUUUCUUUAACAAGGUUUUAGAAUCUGCACUGGCAGGACUAUUGUUUAAAAGUGGAGAUAUUGAGGAAUGUUCGGCAAACACGCAUCGAUACCUUCGCUCGUCGGACGGGACAAUAGCUCACAUGGUGAACGUAAUGGCGGUCAUACGAGACGCAAUCGUUCCCAGGAAAGUGACAGAAAAUCCAAUUUUCCGCCGAUUUCUUGCCACAGUUGACGAAAUUUCUGGAGCCUUUAAUGAUAUUUUAGGACUACAAAAGGAUAUUCGAAUUGGCGAAGAAAAUGGCAACGUCAUGUACAAGGUGAAGAGGGGAGUGGAACUACAGGUUGCACUGGAAGAGGAAAUCAGCAUUCUUAAGAAUAAUAUCAACGACUACAUGAAAUUGAAGGAGAUUAUUGUCAAAUAUUUUCCACUGGACAAAAACUUGGAAGAAUACUUCGACAUAACAGAUUCCGUCUUGUUUGGGCUUUUCCAAGUCUUCACGGAGUCUGAAAUUUACGGGAUGAGAGAUCACAUAAAAAUUUCUGUAUAAAUUUCAUAAAUAAAUCCCUGAGGAUUAUUUACCUACGUUAAGAUUAUCUAUAAAUUGUGUACAUAUAUCCACAUUACGCAAUUUCUCAAGGCAGGGAUGAAAUAAAGAUAUUCCUUCGAACAAUUGCGUAAUACUCUUCAGUUUUCAUUUAUCAACGUCUUGUUAUCUACGUAUAUAUGUAAACGUAUUUGUAAAUGCAAAUGUAAUAUGCAUGUACAUAUGCAUGGUCAUUCUGCGCGAGUUGAGCGACUAAAAAAAUAAAUAAACUCAAUUUAAAACUAAUUUAU